AUGCACUCUACACUCAUUUGUGGCACAUUCUUGUCUUCCGAGUCGAUACGCCUCGGGCGAUUCGUUCGAAAUAUAGAUGAGCCUCAGCAAGACUUCCUCGAUCCGGACUGCAAUGUUCCCCUAACCUCCGUGAUCGUUAAACCCCACCUUCACUUUGAAGGAGUGCAGCACAAUGCUAAAGACAAGUCUUUCACGGCCAUGUUGACAAGUCUGGUGUCGACCUCCCGCACAAAGCGCAACGAUGCAUAUACUCAGAUCAGCACGGACCAAGUCAUAACUUAUCAACUCAGCAAUUCAGGGUCGUGGUUCAAGUCAGCGGUCAAGUCGGAGGCUGUUCAUGGAUGGCUUAACGAAUCUAUUGAGCAGGGAGACGACAUCUACGUCGUAGUGGGAUAUCACACCAUGAGGGAUGCAAGGAUCAUAGAGGGUGUGGCGAAUUCGGCCGAUACAUCCGCCUGGUUAAAACUUCCCGUGGGAGAAGCGCUCGCUACAGCCGGUGUUGGGAUGCCAUUGGGCAGUGUGGCCGACCCAGCUGUUGAGGCCCAAAAUUUCCACCAAGAAGCUGUUCAGAGACGAUUUGUGGCGGUCGGCGAGCAGGUCUGUGCAGUGCAGUAUCGCAAAGUACGCUUCAAAUGGUUCUCGAGUCGCGACCUAGACAAAACCUCACUGGAGAAGAACAGUCGUUGGAAGGUGUAUUGGAAUGUGCGAGGCCAGGAGAUUGGCACAAACGAUGUGGUGGAAGCAGACCUUCAAGACGAGUUAGAGUUGGAGGACCAUGAGCGAUACGUGUACGACACGGAGCAGUUUUUGAUUUAA